UUCCUAGGGAUGCGCUUCCGGGUCACGCUAACGCCGCGGUUUCCUCCGCUUGCUCGGUCCUGCUGUGGCUCUGGACCGGUCCCCAUGUCUUGCUGUGGGAGUUCUGUCGCCCUCGGACUCUGAAGACUGCUGAGAGAGACACUUAGUCCAGUCACAUAGGCAUAAUAAAGAAAUAUUGGUCCUCAUGGAAGAAGAGCAAGAUUUGCCAGAACAGCCAGUGAAAAAAGCCAAGAUGCAGGAGUCGGGAGAGCAAACUUUGAAUCCAGUAAGCAGCCCGGACACCAAUGAUCAGAAACCUGAAACAUCAAGCCUUGCUUCAAACCUUACCAUGUCGGAGGAAAUUAUGACAUGCACCGAUUACAUCCCUCGCUCAUCCAAUGAUUAUACCUCACAAAUGUAUUCUGCAAAACCUUAUGCACAUAUCCUCUCAGUUCCUGUUUCGGAAACUGCUUACCCUGGGCAGACUCAGUACCAGACACUGCAGCAGUCUCAACCCUAUGCUGUCUACCCUCAGGCAACACAAACAUACGGACUACCUCCUUUUGGUGCAUUGUGGCCAGGUAUGAAACCUGAAAGUGGUUUAAUUCAGACUCCAUCUCCAAGUCAACACAGUGUUCUUACCUGCACUACAGGGCUAACCACAAGCCAGCCAAGCCCAGCACAUUAUUCUUAUCCCAUUCAAGCUUCAAGCACAAACGCCAGCCUGAUACCCACUUUGUCUACAAUUGCCAAUAUCCCAGCAGCAGCGGUUGCCAGCAUCUCAAACCAGGACUAUCCCACCUAUACUAUUCUUGGUCAGAAUCAGUACCAGGCCUGCUAUCCCAGCUCCAGCUUUGGAGUCACAGGCCAGACUAACAGUGAUGCCGAGGGUACCACGCUAGCAGCAACCACAUACCAGACGGAGAAGCCUAGUGUCAUGGUACCCACACCUACAGCACAGAGACUUUCCUCUGUAGAUCCCUCUACAAGCCCAUCUUUGUCCCAGACUACACCAAGUAAAGAUGCUGAUGAUCAGUCCAAGAAAAACAUGACCAGCAAGAACCGUGGCAAAAGGAAAGCUGAUGCCAGUUCUUCUCAGGACAGUGAAUUGGAACGGGUAUUUCUUUGGGACUUGGAUGAGACCAUCAUCAUCUUCCACUCCCUUCUUACUGGAUCCUAUGCCCAGAAGUAUGGAAAGGACCCUACAGUAGUGAUUGGCUCAGGUUUAACAAUGGAAGAAAUGAUUUUUGAAGUGGCUGAUACACAUCUAUUUUUCAAUGACUUAGAGGAAUGUGACCAGGUGCAUGUGGAAGAUGUGGCUUCUGAUGACAAUGGCCAGGACUUGAGCAACUACAGUUUCUCAACAGAUGGCUUCAGUGGCUCAGGAGGCAGUGGCAGCCAUGGUUCCUCUGUAGGUGUCCAGGGAGGUGUGGACUGGAUGAGGAAACUGGCUUUCCGCUACCGAAAAGUGAGAGAAAUCUAUGAUAAGCAUAAAAGCAACGUGGGUGGGCUCCUCAGUCCCCAGAGAAAGGAAGCACUGCAGAGAUUAAGAGCAGAAAUUGAAGUUUUAACAGAUUCCUGGUUAGGAACUGCGUUAAAGUCCUUACUUCUCAUCCAGUCAAGGAAGAAUUGUGUAAAUGUUCUGAUCACUACCACCCAGCUGGUUCCAGCUCUGGCCAAAGUGCUCCUGUAUGGACUAGGAGAAAUAUUUCCAAUUGAAAACAUCUAUAGUGCUACCAAAAUUGGUAAGGAGAGCUGUUUUGAGAGAAUUGUGUCAAGGUUUGGAAAGAAAGUCACGUAUGUGGUGAUUGGAGAUGGACGCGAUGAAGAAAUUGCAGCCAAGCAGCACAACAUGCCUUUCUGGAGGAUCACGAACCAUGGAGACCUGGUGUCCCUUCACCAGGCCCUGGAGCUGGAUUUUCUCUAAGAACUGGAAUGAGGAGCCUUUCUGGUGAGCUCCUUUCCACUCCUGAGGGCAGCCAGAGACUGGAACCAGCUGGGAACUCUGUCUUUGCUCCAUGGAAUGCUGGCGAGAACACAAUCAGAACAACAGCUGCAGAUUUGGCCAAGCGUCAGCCCCAGCCCGUGUUCAUCCUCAUGCAGAAGCGGAGGCAGUUGGAUAGAGAGAACAAUAGGCUCAUUGCAGCUACUGUGCUUUUAAUUCUUCUCUUUUGUUUCAAAAAAGAAUGGCAAUUCCUGGAGCAGAGGUGCGCUCUUAGUGGUGGUCAGACAGAACUGCUGUGACCCUGUGGUGAGAGGGUAAAUGCAGCAGCCUUCUGGGACAUCUCUUGCAGUCUAGAAUCUCCUUAGCCGUAGAACUUACUUCCAGUGAAUGUGUAUGUUAUUUUUAUAGGUAAGGGUCUCUGAAGCAGGUUUUCCCCCUUUCUUUUUCUAGCAAGAAAGGGUCAUUUAAAGUUUCCUUGAAAAUAGUCAUUGAAAUGUCUAAAUACCUCUGUGUGACAGUAGCCCUCCCGUAGCUGCUCCAGGGGUCUGCUUCUCUCCCGUUCUUCCAUUUCUUACUUGGCCGAACUGUGGGGUGCUGGACACUGAUGAACUUUGGACUUGGCAUUUUCCAUCCUUUUAAGAGUCUUAGUCCUUUUUCCAGUCCUCCUUCCCCUUUAAUCAAGUGACACAAACCAAGAAACUGCUUCUCUCAGACGGUAAAUUCUAAGCCUUCAGCUUGACUCUUAAUUCAGAGACUACAUGCCAGCAGGCUAAUCCUCCCAACUGGAGAAAAGGAUUCAGGCUUCUUAGGAACUUCAGCUUCUUUGGCUCUCAAGACAGGAACACUCCACCUGAUCCUCCAGCACAGAAGCAGCUUUUCCCAUCCACUGCCGACCCUGCGGCCCCCCUCUGCUUGCCCAUCAGCUGCUAGGCCCAAGCCUUCACUGCUGUCUCCAUUCAGCUCUGACCAGUCCACACACAUUGGUCCCAAGAAGUCAAAUCGAGUCUAAGAAUAGGCUGGAUAAGAAUUGGCCCAAACUUCCAAAGUAUUGGGCUUCCUCUGAGGAAGCCCAUAAGUUGCAUGUGGGUGUCUGGGUUCACAUUCCCCCCAAGCCACUGCCUGAAACUGACAGCAGACUGCUCUUACCUUCCCCAGCAAUACCCACUUCUAGUGUUCACUCUGCAGUAGGAAUCCAGAAGGCCAGACUUUCCUGGUUUAAAUGAGGAUGCUGGCUCCCCCACUUCACACCUGAAGACUUAAUCCUGGACCAAAUGCAGGAGCAUCUCUCAGCCUGACCCCUGGGAAGUUGGUGGAUACCUCAGCACUGGGGCCAACCUUCCAGCCUGGAUGGGUUUCUUGAAUGCGCCAUCCCUCCAGGACCGACCUGGGUACCUGCUCAGCCAGGCCAAAUUCCCAGGAGCUGACAAAAUUCAUACUGUCCCAGGCAGCACCAAGAAGGGUGACAGUCCCUCAGAAAGAUCGGUCUUGGUCCUCAGGAGGGGGCACCUUUGACCAUGCCCAGCCGUGCUUGCUGAUCCCCAGAGAGUCCGUGUGCCAUUCCUGAGAAGUUGCAGCACAGAAAGGUGGGACGCCUGCCAGCGCCAGGGCACCCAGACAGCAGCAGACAGAGGCUGGUGCACACAUUCCUUCAGAACUGACAAGUGCUUCGUGUCUCACAACUGUAGGAAGCAAGUGUUUGGAGAGCAGCCGAAGCAGGUGCUCCAUGACUAAGGUACCGCUUUGCCUUGUUUGCAUUUGGGGUGGAAGAGACAGAUGGCGGAGGCAGGCCCUCCCUUGGUCUGUAUUCAGCCUUGAUGCCCGGAUGCCGUUGCUCCAUGAUGGUUGAUCCCAGAAUAGUCCGGGAUGUACUUUACUUUCAGGACUCAAAACUCCCCCUAUUGCCAGUCUAACUGUUGGCUUCCGGCCCUGGCAAAGGCCACCCUGUUGGUGCAGUGCUUCGGGCUUGUGGGGCUACAGCGCAGUAACCCCAUCACGUACCAACACUUCCCACCGCACACCCUUUGGGAACUCUUUUAUCUUUAGAAUACAACUUAGACUGUUUCGAUGGCCUUUCUCAUCCUGCCCUGACUACCCAGCUUAGCUUUUUCCAAAGGGAACUUGAACUUGGCCAGGAGAGGCAGGGAGGCUUUCUGAGCAGAGCAGAGCAGCCCCUGCUCUUUGGUUGCUGCCACCCUCAUCUAAAGGAAGACAGGAGGCAGGAGCUCCUUGGCUCAUCUUUGCCAGAAUGAAUUAGUUAUCCAUGAGACGUUGCCCACUCACCCUGUCUCCCUGUUCCCCAGCACAGAGAUCUGGAAAAGAGCUGUGGGAAGCAAAGAGCCAGGGAGCCUCUUUUCUGGAGAGUCCCCAUGAAAUUAGUCACGUGGUAAGUUGUUCCCCAGCUGGCAUCAUGGGCUCCUUGGAAUGGGCGUGUGCACUUCCUGCGAGGGCCGUCUCUAGUGGAGGGUCCGGAGUGGUCAGGUGUGUCGUGGGCUUAGGAGGCGGCUUGACUUCGAAUGUAAAACUGACUGUGCCUUAGCAUCAUUCUGUCCAGUGCCCCUGGGGCCUGCUCCAGAUCUAGAUGCCUCUUUAGGCUUUUGUUUGGUUUGGGUGUUACUGUCUUCUGCUCUGCAAAUUGGGGGGCAAAGCUAGAGUCCCAAGAGACUUGGGCCAUGGCUUACUCACAUUUACACAAAUUGAUCUUUAAAGCUCCAAGUAGAAGCAGAUUGGCAAACUGCAGCCGCAGCUUACGGGGCUCCCAGAUGUUCACUAGCUUGAAUGGGUGUCAGUGCCACUGAGCCACGAGGGAGAGAGUGCGGACCGUGGCUCCCUCUUCCUGGGAGAGGGAUGGUCUAGACCAGGAGUGGUGAGCGUGGGGCCUCCCUCUCGUUCCUGCGCAGGGGGCCAUGAGGGCCGCCCUCAGGCAGACUUCUGUAUCUUACCACUACGUUGGCUUCCUUGUUCAUCUUGAAGUUAGAACUCCCCAGAUAGCCACACUAUAGAGGCCAGAUCUGAAUUCUGAGAUUCUAAAAUACCUUAAACCACAAGAGAGAAAACAGUUCUGACGAGCAGGCCGCCUGUCCCUUCCUCUCCUCUGAGUCACACGGCUCCAGCAAGCCAGACUCCUUGGCUAGUUCCUGAUGCACUGACAGGAGCCAUCUCAUUAAGAACGACUUCUACUCAAAGCACGACUCUCUCUGGACUUCAGAUGCCUCUCUCGGCAGGAAAAGGCAUUGAGUGGAUUGGAUAUAUUUAUGUGACUGCGGGCAUUCGUGGCUGUAGUAUCCUUGACCAUAAUGUUAUAUGUAAUGGGAACUAUCUUAUAAACUUGAAAAAAAUA